GCCGCCUGCUCCCGGGACCUCGGGCCCCGGGCCCGCGAGCCCCGCCUCCCGGGACCCCAGGACUCGGGCUUCAGGCCCGAGACCCCUCGCCUUCCCGGGACCCCAGGACCCCGGGACCCGGGCUCCAGACCCGCCACCCCAGCCUUCCUCAGGACCCCGGGCUCCGGGCCGCGACCCCCGCCUGCCCAGGACCCAGGACCCGGGCCCCGGGCCCGCCACCCCAGCCUUCCCUAGGACCCGGGCGCCAGGCCCGCGACCCCGCCUCCUGGGGACCCUGGGCCCGUGACCCCCCAGACCCCUGGACCCGGGGCCCGCGACCCCCGCCCGCAGCCGUCGUCUGCUCCGCCCACGUCCAUUCAGGCCUGACGUGGGUUCCUGGCGCCAGGCAGGCGUGCAGGAGGAAGGGGCUCUUCGGGAAGGAGGGUCCACGCUUUGGAGAUGCCGCCCGGCAAAGUCCUGCAGCCCGUCCUCAAGAUGAAGGUGGACGAGCUGUUCCUGUGCUGGCUCAGCGAGUCCAGCACGCAGACGAUGCUCCAGGACUGUCUGCAGAGGAUCAAGAUGCCCGGGGGGACGGAGACGGACGGUGGGGACGCAGGGCAGCCCGGGCCCCCGCUAGCAGCCGCAGCCCCCGUCUGCAAGCCCGCGGUGUUCGAUAGCCGGGGGGCGCCCAGCCCGGCCCCCGCGUCCACCGCGUCCACCGCGCUCCCGCUGGGAGCCGCCGCUAGUCCCAGGACCGGGCCACCCGUGCGAGGGACUCGGAGAUCCGCGGGGACGCGAGUAGUUCAGACGAAGAAGGAGGAGCCCCUGCCGCCCGCCACCAGCCAAAGCAUUCCAACCUUCUACUUCCCUAGAGGCUGUCCAAAGGACACGGUGAACAUAGACGCUGUCAUCACCGAGAUCGAGCAGACUUUCACACAGUUCCCGCACGAGAGAGCCAGGAUGGAGGACAUGGGCCGAGUGGCCAAGGCCUGUGGCUGCCCGCUGUACUGGAAGGGGCCGCUGUUCUGCAGUGCCGGGGGAGAGCGCACGGGCUCCGUCUCUGUCCACAAGUUCGUCGCCAUGUGGAGAAAGACCCUCCAGAACUGUCACGAUGACGCUGCCAAGUUCGUCCACCUGCUCAUGAAUCCCGGCUGUAACUACCUGGCGCAAGAAGACUUCAUCCCCUUCUUACAGGACGUGGUGAACACGCACCCGGGCUUAGCCUUCCUGAAGGAGGCAUCAGAGUUCCACUCUCGCUACAUCACCACCGUCAUACAGAGGAUCUUCUACACCGUCAACAGGUCCUGGUCAGGGAGGAUCACGUGUGCAGAGCUCCGCAGGAGCACCUUCCUGCAGAAUGUGGCGCUCUUGGAAGAGGAAGCAGACAUCAAUCAGCUGACGGAGUACUUCUCAUACGAGCACUUCUAUGUCAUUUACUGCAAGUUCUGGGAGCUGGACACGGACCACGACCUUCUCAUCGAUUCCCAGGACCUGGCCCGGCACAACGACCACGCUAUAUCCACCAAGAUGAUCGAGAGGAUAUUCUCAGGGGCGGUGACAAGGGGCAGAAAAGUCCAGAAGGAAGGAAAAAUAAGCUACGCUGACUUUGUCUGGUUUUUGAUCUCUGAAGAAGACAAAAAAACUCCAACCAGCAUCGAGUACUGGUUCCGCUGCAUGGACCUGGAUGGGGACGGCGCGCUGUCCAUGUUUGAACUGGAGUACUUCUAUGAGGAGCAGUGCCGCAGGCUGGACAGCAUGGCCAUUGAGGCCCUGCCCUUCGAGGACUGCCUCUGCCAGAUGCUGGACCUGGUGAAGCCACAGAACGAAGGGAAAAUCACCCUCCAUGACCUGAAGAAGUGUAAACUCGCCAAUGUGUUCUUUGAUACCUUCUUCAACAUCGAGAAAUACCUCGACCAUGAGCAGAAGGAACAGGUCUCCCUGCUCAGGGAGAGUGAGAGCGAAGGCCCUGAGCUCUCCGACUGGGAGAAGUACGCUGCCGAGGAGUACGACAUCCUGGUGGCCGAGGAGGCUGUGGGAGAGCCCUGGGAGGAUGGGUACGAAGCCGAGCUCAGCCCUGUGGACCAGAAGCUGAGCUCCCUGAGGUCCCCACUAGCCCAGAGGCCCUUCUUUGAGGCGCCGUCCAGCCUGGGCACCGUCGAGCUGUACGAGUAUGCGUGUGAGGACGAGGACCUGCAGCCCUCGUGACCUGCGCCCAGGUCUGGAUGCAGAGCCGCUUUCGUGUAAAGAACAAAACCGUUUGAUCGUUGAGCUGUCUGUUCUAGAAAAUGAAGUGAUUUGUAUGGGAUGAUAAAUUUUUAUUUAUUCAACACGGAAGCUGGUGAGAUGGUCAUUGAGCGUGUGUCCCCGCCUGCCCGGGACCCCUGGCUGGGAGAGGAGAUACGCCGGCCCCACCGCCUAGCUCUUGAGUGCAGGCGUCUGGAGACUUACCCGCACGGCCGAGCGGCCGCUUGCAGGGGACCCACGUUCUGCUCCAAAGCAUCGGCCUCGGGGGCGUGAGCCGCGCACGGACUUCCGGGGCUUGGAUGGCCCUGUGUUGUUCUCACGUCGUCGGUCAGGAACAUUCCAGGGGCCCCGGUGCCACAGUGGCCCCGGGACCUUCCGUCCACAGGAGCGUCUCCAGGUGCCGCCCCAGCUGCAGCCCUGCACGCGGGGUUUGGGGAGGGAGCACCCCUUCGAGCGUACUUACGUUUUCGUGUAAAUGUACAAAACAUGUAAAGUUAACUUUUAUUUGGUGUGUAUAGCAGUUUAAAAAUGUUUUACGAGAUCACGUUUGUAUUUUCAAAUAAAGAAUUUAAGAAUUUU